AUGCCCUGCCGGCUGAAGGGAAUGGGAGUCAAUUUCCGUACUGUGGCUACGUUCAGUGCCUGUGUCCGUGCCGUGGUCGCCCCCGGGUAUAGUGGGUCGUGGGGGCCCGAGAGAGAUUUCUUGUCUCCAGGUUCCUCCGCAAUCCCCGGUCUGAGCAGAUCAACAGGUCAACAAUCAAGGCAGUCUGGCCCGGAUGAAAUCGGGAGAGGAGAGGAGGUCAUCACGCAGUUCACGGAGUCUGUCGGGAGAGACUUUGUGUGGCUUUUCAGGAUUUUCCUCCGGAUCCAGGAGGAAGCAAAAGGUGAACGGACAACCUCCGUGAUAACGUGA